CAGGCCCUUGGUGUCCAGUGAGGUCACAAAGCCCCUACCAAAGGCUCCUCCCACGGCCUAGAGCUGACUACCUCUCUGCAGGGCCAUGGCCAUACCAGAGUCUCUCAGCCCUGGGGACACUCCACUUUCUGUCACUGCUGAGCUCCUGACAUCUUUGAAGCCCAAGGGUCCGAGGCUGGUGGGCUGGGGUGGGGGUCAGGGCUCCACCUGGGUCCCGGACCCCUGAAUCUGUUCAGCCCCACCCGCUGCUCUGACAACCACGAUGAAACGACUGUUUAAAAUCCGGCGUACUCAGGCUCCGCAGGAACCCCAGAAGUGGGUCCCCAUCCUUGGGGAGCUGCAGAAGACCCUCCAGAAGGGCGAGUACCUGCCCCUCCGCCCGCUGCCCAUGUUCGAGAGUAACUUUGUCCAGGUGACCAAUCACGGGGCUCCCGCCUUAGUGCACCACAAAACCAACAAGCUGACUAUGGGUGUAGCGGCGUCCUUGCCCGGGCUAGUGCUGCCCGACAUUCUGUUGCUGGCUCGGCCCCCGGAGGACAGGGAUUGCUCCAAUCUCAACCUGACCAGGAUGAUCCCUCUAGACCUUGCCCACCUCUAUGUCCACGAUCUGCCCACCUGGCGCCUGAAGCUGCGGCUGAUCACCGGCCGCUACUACUACCUGGAACUGGAUGCCCCUGACCAUGAGCUGGGCUUCUUGUUUGACCGCUGGCUUCGCCUCAUCAACCUGCUUCAUGAGCCUACCAUAUCUUGGGCACCCAGGACCAUGAGCAUGCCCCCCCUGGACGCGACCCGAGACGGAGCGCCAGCCUCCACCUGGCGCCUUCAGGACCAGUCUGGAAGCCGGCUUACAGUAUACAUGACUGUGCGGCCCAAAGGCUGCCCCUCCUCUGAGUGUCUCCUCUCUGCCCAUGGACAGAUGGCCAAGCACAAGUUCAGGUCUCAGGCUGUGGGUGACUCUCUGCCUCUCCUCUGGUCACAACUACAACCUCCUAAGGAUCAGAUGAAAGUCACAGAAAAGAAGGCCUACCCAGGUGCCUGCCCUGCUGGAUCCAAAACUCUAAUCCAUGUUUCUGAGAAGGCCAGCAUCACCAUCCGGACCAUCUUCAGCAUCAUCUCUGGCACGAUGAACCAGGACAACUCCACUUCAAAGACCUACACAUCUGAUUCUGAGGGAACCAUAGGCCGGGGCCGUCUGAUUGAGACUCCUACACAGCGUGUCUCUCACAACGCCCAUGAUUUAUCCUUCACGGACUCCCGUGGUCACAUGGACACCUUCCUGUGGACCCAAGACCUGGACAAGCUUAUAGACACCGAGUCCACCUCUCUGUCUUCCCCCUUGCGCAUGUCCCCUUACUCUCCUGCCUUCUACAUCUUUCCACCGGGCUCCUCCUUAACGAAGUCCAAUGACAAAGCCAAGCCCAAGCCCAUAGGCUCGAUGAAAUACAUGUCCUCCCCUAUCACAUCAGGGAAAACACCGUUCAUUUGGGACAAGUCUAAUAAGGUACCAGCUGAGCCGGCCCCAGCUCAGAAGGCCCCGGCUGCACCACGGUCAACCCAGAAAUCUUCAGCCAAAUCUAGCCCCUUCUAUAAGACUCCACCUUCUGGUUCCCGGAAGACCCCAUCCGUCCCUGGGCCCCCCGGGAAGGCCCCAUCCGUCCCUGGGCCCCCCCGGAAGGCCCCAUCCGUCCCUGGGCCCCCCCGGAAGGCCCCGGUUCUAGUUACCCAACCCCAGAAAACUUUAACCCCGGUUUUGAAGCGUCCAAAAGCACCUGCAGGUUCCCAGAAGGCUGUGCCCCCAAAGAAGGACAUUCUAGUCCUAAACACUCAGUGUCAGGCUCCAGCGGCCCGGUCUCAAGCUCCCGACUCAAAGGCCAAGGCCCCUGUGGAUCCGAGCAUGUUACAGGCAGGAGAUAUGCUCGAGAGAAAGUCUGAAGGGAAACAGGAACCUGGGGUGGGAGAGCAGAAAAGGAAAGCGGUAGAGAUGAAGGCCACGUCCCCGCAGCUGCCCAGCACCACCAACAAGAAGCAAUCCAAGGAGGUCUUGAUUAGUAAAACCCAGGAGAUCACUGUGGAGGCCUUGAAGAGCAGGGGCAAGUCAGAGGAGAGGGUCCACAAGAUGGAGAAGACAACUGUGAACUUGCCCGAUCUGAAGUCCUUGGAGAUAGAGAGUCAGAAGAAAUGGGUCUUGACCAAGGAGGUAGCUGUUGGGGGCCCCUGUCUGGAGGACAGCAGGCCUUUCUCUGUCGAGGGGCUCGCCCUUGCCAAGAUGAUGAUCAUGGCCAACUCCAAACAGCAGCAUCUGAAGCCAACUACCAUCUCUCUGCCCUCCUGGUUCUCCAUGACUUCCAGGGCGUCCGCCAUGUCUGUGUUGGCCAAUCUGCCCUUUAACACCAGCCAGAUGACCUUGCCAGAGAGGACACAGGUGGUGGUCAGGGAACAACCUAGCUCCUAUACUGAGAUGAGAGAGAACAAACCACACCAGACGGAGAAGAACCCACCCAAGGGCUCGCUGAAGAUGUCCAAGGAACCCACAGCGGAGCUGCCCAAGACUGUUAUUAUUAGCUCAAAGGUGCACGUAACUUCUCAGCCUCCCAUCGCCGUGCCCGUCUCAGGUUCGAAGGACACGUCCCAGCCACCCACAUCCCUCACAGAUCCUGUCUCCAAGACAGAGUCCUCAGUGGGGGUGCCCCAAAAGCCUGGGGUGAAACAUCAAGGGCCCAAGCAAGUCAAGCAGGCGAAAACCCAGCAGCAGCCCCUGGCUGUCGCGGGGCCAGCCUCAGAAGUUCUCCUUCCCAUCACCUGGGAGAUGGAGGAUAAGGGGACAACGGCCACGAAAGAUAAGAUGCCAGUGAAGAAAGCCGGUGCCCAUCACGCUCAGUAAGCAGCGACCCAAGGAUUUAAGAUAACAUAAUACAGGAGACUCGAUCUAUCAACAAGUCGUCCAGAAGCCCAGUGGGGCCAGGUACCCCUGAGACCCGGAAGAUCUGGACCUGGAAGAGUGGGUCUCAGGAACC